GAAAUAAUAUGACAGCGCAAAGGCUCUUUCUCAAACGUCAGCCGACACGAAGCCUUUUCUACACUUCCGUUUCUCCAGAGCAAAACAGAGAAAUUUUUAGCACAGCUAACAAAUAAUGGCACCCCGCAAAAACAAAACCGUAAAGGAGGAAGUCCAGGUCUCGCUGGGUCCCCAGGUCCGCGAGGGUGAGAUUGUGUUCGGAGUGGCGCACAUCUACGCCAGCUUCAACGACACCUUCGUCCAUGUUACCGAUCUGUCCGGCAAGGAAACCAUUUCCCGUGUAACCGGUGGAAUGAAGGUCAAGGCCGAUCGUGAUGAGGCUUCGCCCUACGCCGCUAUGUUGGCCGCUCAGGACGUCGCUGAGAAGUGCAAGUCUCUGGGAAUCACCGCACUGCACAUCAAGCUGCGUGCCACCGGAGGAAACCGCACCAAGACCCCCGGACCCGGUGCCCAGUCCGCUCUGCGUGCUCUGGCCCGUUCGUCGAUGAAGAUUGGCCGCAUCGAAGAUGUUACUCCAAUCCCAUCGGAUUCCACCCGCCGGAAGGGAGGUCGCCGCGGUCGUCGUCUGUAGGGUGGCUGCUGCUACUACUGCUACGUUGUGGUUCUUUCGUGUGUGUUUCUGGGUUUCGCAUUAGAAGGCAACGGAAGACAUAUUCCAUGUUUGCGAAAGAGAAAGUGCGGAGAUUGAUCGUAUUCAAAAAAAUGUUGAAUAAAUUCGGAUAACACAAAAAAAUAA